UUCCCUCUCAGCCUCUGAAGCCACCAUGGGUUCAAAGGAUGACGAGCUUCAUGUAAUGUUCCUUCCCUACAUGGCACCAGGCCACAUGAUGCCACUGGUAGACAUGGCUAGGCUAUUUGCGGCUCAUGGUGUUAGGAUUACUAUAAUCACCACUACCAUGAAUGCUUUUCGCUUUCAGAACGCCAUUCAUAGAGAUAUUGAAGCCGGUCGCCAAAUUGGGUUAGAGAUUCUCCAAUUCCCUUCCGUAGAAGCUGGGCUUCCUGAGGGCUGCGAGAAUUUAAUCUCAACCCCUACCCCAGAAAUGUCCAUGAAACUCUUCCAAGCCAUCCGAAUGAUGAAACCGCGGAUGGAAACACUCUUACGCAACCACCGUCCCGAUUGCAUUGCUUCCGACGUUCUGUUCCACUGGACCGUGGAUGUGGCCGCUGAGCUCGGGAUUCCCCGCCUCUCGUUUAGCGGCAGCGGAUACUUCAACCUCUGCGUCUCCCACUGCGUUGAACGUUACCAACCUCACAAGGAUGUAUCAUCGGAGACUGAAAUUUUCCUUGUCCCAGGGCUGCCAGAUGAAAUCAAGCUCACGAGGUCACAGUUACCGGACCUUGUCAAAGGUAGAAACGAGUUUUCUGAGUUGUUCGAUAGACUCAAAGAGGCUGAGAGGAAGAGCUUUGGGACAUUGAUGAACAGCUUCUACGAGUUGGAGCCAGCUUAUGCUGACUACUACAGAAACAACAUUGGAAUCAAGGCGUGGCACAUAGGGCCAGUCUCACUGUUCAACAAAGACGCAGCUGAUAAGGCUGAACGAGGAAACAAAGCUUCUCUUGAUGAAGAUAGCUGGUUGAGUUGGCUUGAUUCUAAGAAACCCAACUCGGUUCUCUACGUCUGCUUGGGAAGCCUAACCCGAUUAAGCAAGACUCAGCUGACAGAGAUUGCCAGUGCACUUGAAGAUUCAGGUCACGCAUUCAUCUGGGUGGUCGGGAAAGUCCUCAAUUCAUCGGGCGAGGAGGAUGGGAGCCAUGAAUGGUGGCUACCCGAAGGGUUCCAAGAGAGAGCCUACCAAAGUGGCAUAGGACAUAUAAUAAGAGGAUGGGCUCCACAGGUGUUGAUUCUUGAGCAUCCAGCCAUUGGAGGGUUCUUGACUCACUGUGGCUGGAACUCCAUCCUUGAAGGUGUGAGCUCAGGCCUACCAAUGAUCACGUGGCCAAUCUUUGCCGAGCAAUUUUACAACGAGAAACUGGUGACGCAAGUGUUGAAAUUAGGAGUUGGGGUCGGUAACGAGGUCUGGAAGGUGUGGGCAACAGAGGAGAUGCCAUUAAUGAGCAGAGAAAAGAUCAGGCGAGCAGUGACCAUGGUGAUGGACCAAGGCAUUGCAGCAGACGAGAUGAGGAGGAAAGCUAGUCUACUUGGUGAGCUGGCAAAGAAGGCUAUUGAAAAGGGAGGGUCGUCCUACAACCAGUUGAAGGCUCUUAUAAAGGAGAUUAGAUCGUUCAGACAGCCCCCCCUAUGCAGAAACUUGUAACAGAACUACAUUACAUAGUCAGAGUCCAAUGGCUCAAAAUUUUAGGACCUUGGAAUAGCUAUUCUUUUUUCCUUUUCCUCUUUUGAAGCUACCCACAUUUUGUUCUAGUUAAUAAUCUUGGUCUAAUUUUAAAACAUUUGAGUGACCGUAGAGCCUUUUGAAUUGUUUCUUCAAUCUUCAACCUGCUUCUAUCAAACAUAAAGCG